GGGAGCUUUAAAUACGACUUGAUGUGAAGGUGUCUGCAGACUGAACUCCAACUCUGUGUCAAGAUGCUCCUGACUGUGGUCCUUGCCUCUGCCCUUCUCCUCGGCUCUGUGGCUGGGCAGGGCUGUUUGACCUUCGUAGGGAUCAAGGACAUCACGCACCUCAUCGAUAACCUGCAGAAAGAUCCGCUGUCAAAAUGCAGCUGUAGCGGCAAUGUGACCAAUUGUUUGUGUCUGCCCAUUCCUUCUGACAACUGCACCACACCCUGCUUCCAGGAGGGCCUGGCCCAGAUGGCCAACUCCACGGUGAGAGCGAGCUUCCCCCUGGUUUUCAACCGGGUGAGGAAGACGGUCUCAGUCCUGAAGAGCAAGUGCCCGAAUUUCUCCUGUGAGCAGCCGUGCAACCAAACCGCUACGGGCAACACACUGACGUUUCUCAGCAGCCUCCUGGGAGUUUUCCAGAAGGAAAGGAUGAGAGGCAGAGCAUAGAGAUAAAAUAGUAUUUAUUCUAUUU